UUUGCCUGCUGUGCUUUUAUAUUGCACCAUGGCCUGUUUCGAAGCAUUUUUACUACCACGGUUAUUGCCACAAAUCAAGAGGGCAAAGUGAGCGGCAUGGGACUCACACCAACUUUAACGAAAUUGAGUCUGGUUCCUACUCCUGCGAAGUUCACGGCCAAGAAUUUCACAUGCAGAUGAUAUACAAACAAGGAAAAUGGAAACUGAAUUUCUAGGUGUAUCCUGAGUGCUGAACUGGUUGAUUUUGCAAACUCGUAGCCAAACUCACAACAAAACAUGACAAGCCUUUCGAGGUUUAGUGGCUGCCCUCUCUCUUGCGUCAACCCCGGGGAGAGCAAUACUGAACCCAGCGUGGUGCUGCCACCUUUGGCAGGAGAGCACAUGGGACACCCCACUGGCAGUUCCUUAAAACUCUGCCCCUCGCACAAUUUGCGAGACUACCCCGAGACGAGGUCCAGUGCAUAUGUUGACCAUUCGGUUCCCAAUUUUGCAGACUCUGGAUACCCUAGCCACCGGUUAGAGCACAGCCCUAGGGGCAUUAUCAUUGGAGCCAAUCUUUCUGGAGCCGGCAUGCCACCCGUCACUGAUCAACUGGCAUCAAGAGCUAAUCAACAUGGCGGGAUUGGAAGGUAUCGUGACUUUCCUGGCUGCAGAGACAACAGAAGCCAUGCUUUUUUUACAAGUUAUCAAGAGCAGGCCCAUGCCUCCACCGACGCAUCUCGAGAUCUCGGCAGCCAGAUGAUGCUGGGUCUACCUGGCGACCUCCUCACUCGGACUCAUCAUUAUGGCCAAACUAUCAGCCCCAAGGGAAACAGCCAGCAACUUGUCACACAAUUCCUGGGUCUGUACAAACCCCUCAACAUGGCAAUUCAGCGUGGAGGAGGCGACGCUUUCCUCAGGUGCUCCAGACAAACAGUGAAGCAUGAGCUGGUGUGCAAGUGGAGUGACGGCCAAGAGGGGGCUGGGAAGCUGCCUUGCUCCAGAGCCUUCGGGACCAUGUAUGAACUUGUCACCCAUGUGACAGUGGAGCAUGUCGGAGGACCAGAACACUCUGAAUAUGUUUGUCACUGGGAGAAUUGUCCGAGAGACAGGAAGCCUUUCAAAGCCAAAUACAAGCUGGUGAACCACGUCAGAGUCCACACAGGGGAAAAGCCCUUUCCCUGCCCCUUUCACGGCUGUGAGAAAGUUUUUGCAAGAUCAGAAAAUCUUAAGAUCCACAAAAGGACUCACACAGGUGAAAAACCUUUUAAAUGUGAGUUCGAGGGCUGCAACCGGAGGUUUGCGAACAGCAGCGACAGAAAGAAACAUUCUCACGUGCACUCCAGUGAUAAACCCUACAUGUGCAAGGUCAGAGGCUGCGACAAGUGUUACACCCACCCAAGCUCCCUGCGAAAGCAUAUGAAGCUCCACUGCAACAAGGCCCACGACGCCAAAAGCGGUGACGCGCGUUCUGGUGACGGGGGUCACAUUGUGGAGGCCAGGUCAACCCGAAUCCCGGAUGGAGCCCAGAUCAGCCCCCCUCAUCCCCCCAGCUCAGCUCAAGAUGUCCCCAUGUCCCCAGAGAGUCGAGACGAGUCGACUCCGAGGUCACGUUUCCAUCACACGUUUGACAGCAGUUUGGACUACUCCACUCACAGGUCACAGCCCCUCUUGGACCCUUUGUUGCUUCAGAGAGGCAGCUACAGGUCCCAGUCCUCCCAGUACCCCUGCAGCCAGACAGGUCACACUUUUGCCCAGAGCUCAAGGACUUUCCCCUCCACUUCUCCCUUUCAGAAAAGUAUUGUCAAUGGAUGGUACACAUGCCACAGCGGCGUGGACUCCUUCCCACCAAAGCAAUGUAAUAACAUCCCAUCUCUCUGAGCUCCUGUUGAGGACUUACAAUUUCUUGGGCCUAUUUUUCAUGUUAGAGCCUAAACCUACAGCUGUAUCUCUGUUACUCUGUAUUUUUGUGAAUGUUGUAUCAGAUAUUUUGUGACACGUCCUGAGUCAUCGUAUUGAAAUCUUGCAUUGCGAAAUGUGGCCAGGUAUAGCCUAUUUGUUGUCGUGAGGCCUGUUUGGGUGAGUCUGGCCACCGUGGGUUAUAGGAACUUUGACAAAGUGUAUAUGCCUAAUUGUUUCGCUGUGUUGCAUAAUUAUUAAAUAUAUCUAUCUUAAGUGAGACAAAAUAACAUUACAAAGGAAAUUAUGUUUCCCGCGUGUCUUCUGAACUUCUAGGCUAUUACUGGAAAGAAAAAAGGAAACGUCUUGUUGAAUGUAGCCCUAUGUGUAGGGAUCUUUGUUGAAUGUAAACUUGGUGUAAUGUAUGUCGGGAAGAUAGCAACAUUAUUCAUGUCUUUGUGUAUGUCGCAAGAUGAAACAAAUAUCAAAGAUUUCUCAAGUUAAAUUUUGAGACCUAACAAGCACGAUGGGCCUGAAGCAUGAUAAAUCUGUAAUUAAAAUACUGCGCGGCUCAGUAGGUUUACUUUUUCUCUCCCCUUGAUUAAGAUCCACUUUUGGCCCCCUUUUUUAUUACACAUUCGUAAUCCUGUUUGUAUUAUAUGUAUAUUUCACAUUUCUGUGCAAAGUAAGACCAGUGUGAGCAUAAACCAGUGUUCGUGAUACUAUUAAAACGUUUAAUUAGCAUACAGUUCUACUGUAUAUAAGCCUACUGUAUAAUUAAUUAUGUAUUCUAUAUUUUAUUAAAGUGUCUAUAUUCUCUUUGAUCAGGCGUGUGUGGUUAAACCCAAUCAAUGCAUUUCCAUCCUGAACUCAAACUUUUUUUUAUUUUUUAUUUGAUAAUUUCUAGUAUCCCAUAUUUUCAGGCCUGGAAACGGAGGGUAUUCUCACUUACAGAAGAUCUAUUCGGUGUUUAUGGUUGUCAGAUACUGGCCAGAUCAUCAACACAAACUGGAUUGGUUGAGGUAGUACAUCGCCUGUGAGUGAACUGUAACGUUAUAAACUAAAAUUUACCCCAAAAAUUGCUCUAAGUCGGCUAAAAUGUGACGGUCACUCUGAACAACAAACAA